CGCUGCCGGUGGUGCUUUCUUGGGAGCCAUCUCCUGCGCUGUGCGCCUGGCGGCUUUGCGAUGACGGGCAGGAGCGACCUGUCCGCUCCCAUGCUCCACCCUUCCCCCACCAGCAUCAACGCAACGGUCUUCAGCCCCGGCGGACACGUCAGCAAGGUGGAGGUGCGCCCGGACCGCGAGGACUCUGCCGGCAGCUGCCUGCAGGCCCUCAUCGCGCGCUCAGCUUCUGAGAGCGGCAAUGAGGUGAUGGUGGUCAUCCAAUCUUCCGUGUGGAUCAACUUCAUUCUGAUGAUCAUCAAGCUGUACACCUUCCUUAUUUCCGGCUCGCUGGCCGUCUUGGCCUCGUUGGUGGAUUCCAUUAUUGACCUGCUGGGCCAAGGAGCUUUGAUGCCGGGGCCUGAACCCUUCAGGCUCACCAGCGCUUUGGCGCGGAAGAGCGGGCAUGAGGAGUACCCGGUGGGCCGCGGGCGCCUGGAGCCGGUGGGCGUCAUGAUUUGCGCGGUGGUCAUGGGUAUGGCCUCCAUGGAGGUGAUUAGCCAGUCCUUCUUGCGGCUGCUGACGUUUUGGGGUCGAAGCGAUGCUCCUUCGGCCGCUCUCACCGUCCACGCAGCUUUCUUGCUGGUGGGCGUCAUUUUCCUCAAGGCUGGCUUGUGGCAUUGGUGCGCCGGCGUUUAUCGCCGCACUCAGCAGGAAGCCGUCAAGGCCAUCGCCCAAGACAACCUCAACGACGUCAUCUCCAACAUCGCUGCGCUGAUUGCUCCUGAGAUGGUGCUGCUGGGUCGCCAGCUCUGGGUGGUGGACCCCAUGGCGGGCAUCGGCAUCUCCAUUUACAUCAUCUACACGUGGCUAGUGACCGGGUACGAGCAAGUGGAGAUGAUUGUCGGGAAGCGGGCGGACCCCGACUUCUUGGCCAAGGUCUACAGCCUGGUGGAGGAGCAUGACCAGCGCAUGCAGCUGGAUCAACUGAACGCCUACCACUUCGGCCCCAAGUACCUUGUGGAGCUUGAGGUGGUCAUGCCAGAGUCCACCACCCUGCGGGACAGCCACGACUGCGGGAUUCUGCUGCAGCACAAGAUCGAGAUGCUCGAGGAAGUGGAGCGGUGCUUUGUGCACAUCGACUACCAGAUGCGCUUGCAUGAUGACCACGAUCCGGAGGUGCCCAUCGACGCCAAGCUCUACGGGGGCCCCCGCCGGAGCUCCCCCCGCGCGGAGGGCGCCAAGCUGGCGAUGCAGAGGAGCGGGGAAUUGCCGCGCUGAGGAAGGCAAGCUCGAGUCAGUGACGAUGCCUGACGCAGAGGGACGUUCCUCCCAGGCUGUGGACCAACUCCAUCUCGCAGCACCUAAGUGGUGUGUCACACUACUUUGUUUAUUGGCUUUCGUGGACCAGCUCCAUUUCGCAGCAGCUAGGUGGUUUGUCAC